CCACCCUAUUUUCAGUCACACUCUGCUAACCCACACACACUCACACACACAGACACACUUAUGCACAGAUGUACGUCUCCUAGCCGUAAUCUUGUUUUGUCUUGUCAAGUGUGUAAAAGGUGACUGGAGCUACUAAUUUGUGGGAAAUCCAUUCAGGAAGGAAUCAUUACAGAGUCAACAAGGCCUCAAGCUCUCUCCUGCAGAGCCAUGUGGGUGUUCCUUUCCUUGCUGAUAGCCCUCUCCGGCGGCGCUCUAUCUCUUGACAAACUCAACAUGUGUAUGGAUGGCAAACACCACAAAGUAGAGCCUGGCCGUGAGGGAGACCUUUACAAGCAGUGUUCUCCCUGGCGUGACAAUGCAUGUUGCACAGCUAAUACCAGCACAGAAGCCCACAACGAUAACUCCUACCUGUACAACUUCAACUGGGAUCACUGCGGCGCUAUGAGCCCCAAGUGCAAGAAUCAUUUCAUCCAGGACACAUGCUUCUACGAGUGCUCGCCACACUUGGGACCCUGGAUACAAAAGGUGGACCAGAGCUGGCGUAGGGAGCGUAUCGUGAAUGUGCCUCUGUGUAUGGAGGACUGUCACGAUUGGUGGGAAGACUGCAAGAACGAUACCACCUGCAAGACUGAUUGGCACACGGGAUGGGACUGGAGCUCAGGCAAUAACAAAUGCCCUGAGGGCAGCAAGUGCAGCAAGUGGACCGACGUUUUCCCCACGCCAAAGUCCAUGUGUGAACAAAUUUGGUCCAACUCCUACCUUUAUACCACCGACUCCAAAACCUCAGGCCGCUGCAUGCAGCUCUGGUUCACUGGGCCGAACCCCAACAAGAAAGUUGCUGAGUAUUACCUUAACAAUGCUCAGCAACACCAAGGCUUUAACUUGACGGUGCUACUUUGCCUGGCUGUUGCAUUAUUCUCUAUAAGGAUGUACUAACAUGUUGUCCUUAUCAUGUUAUCGUUUGUCACCUUAGCGGUACCAAUAAAACUGAUUUAAAAUACUC